ACCUGGCCUCCCUUUGCUUCCGCGGCGAGGCCGGAAGUAGCUGCGGUGGUGGCGGAGGCCCAAAGCGGAGGAAAGUGGGGAGUCGGAGAGACCCAGCCGGAGUCCUAGCGGCGGAGACCCCUGUGCGGUCCGGAGGGGGCGGCGGCCCCGACUCUGACCCGCGCCGGGGGGUGGGCCAUGGCGGAAAUCAGCGACCUGGACCGGCAGAUCGAGCAGCUACGGCGCUGCGAGCUCAUCAAAGAGAGCGAAGUCAAGGCCCUGUGCGCUAAGGCCAGGUCAGGAAUUGGGCUGGGCUGGCCUGGCUGUGGUGACCCUGGUCUUCUCCUGUCUCCAGAGAGAUCUUGGUAGAAGAGAGCAAUGUGCAGAGGGUGGACUCGCCAGUCACAGUAUGUGGUGACAUCCAUGGACAAUUCUAUGACCUCAAGGAGCUUUUCAGAGUAGGUGGCGAUGUCCCUGAGACCAACUACCUCUUCAUGGGAGACUUUGUGGACCGUGGUUUCUACAGUGUUGAAACCUUCCUCCUCCUGCUGGCUCUUAAGGUUCGAUAUCCAGACCGCAUCACUUUGAUCCGGGGCAAUCAUGAGAGCCGCCAGAUCACCCAGGUCUAUGGCUUCUAUGAUGAGUGCUUGCGCAAAUACGGCUCAGUGACUGUAUGGCGCUACUGCACUGAGAUCUUUGACUACCUCAGCCUGUCUGCCAUCAUUGAUGGCAAGAUCUUCUGUGUGCAUGGGGGCCUCUCCCCUUCCAUCCAGACUCUGGACCAGAUCCGGACAAUUGACCGAAAGCAGGAGGUACCCCAUGAUGGACCCAUGUGUGACCUCUUGUGGUCUGACCCUGAAGACACAACAGGCUGGGGAGUGAGCCCCCGGGGGGCAGGCUACCUGUUUGGCAGUGACGUGGUGGCCCAGUUCAAUGCAGCCAAUGACAUUGACAUGAUCUGUCGUGCCCACCAGUUGGUGAUGGAAGGUUACAAGUGGCACUUCAACGAGACCGUGCUUACUGUGUGGUCAGCACCCAAUUACUGCUACCGCUGUGGCAAUGUGGCAGCCAUCUUGGAACUGGAUGAGCAUCUCCAGAAAGAUUUCAUCAUCUUUGAGGCUGCACCCCAAGAAACACGUGGCAUCCCCUCCAAGAAGCCAGUGGCCGACUAUUUCCUGUGACUCCUUGGCCCCAGCCCCUCCGGCCCUUGGACCACUGUGACUGCCUCUUCCCAGUCGGAGGAUGGGUGUGGAGGGCUGCCUGGCGCUGCUCGCCCCAGGGUGCGGACUGCUCUGGAGAGGUUGGGGCCUCUGCUCCAGGCUUCCUCUCCUUUCUCCCACUUGAUCCAUGAAGUUUCCAGUCAUUUUUCUUUUUCUUUUUUCCUUUUUUUUUUUUUUUUUGGUUUUGUUUUUAGAUAAAACAUUUUGAGAAAAAAAAAGAAAAAAAGAAAAAAAUUCUAAUAAAAGAAGAAAAAUAGU